AUGAAUAUAAUUGUUAUUGCUCUAUUAGGAUUCUUAUUUGAUUUCAGUUUAGAAAUAAGUAUAACAAAUUAUGAGACUGAUACUAAAUUUAACUAUUGUUUGAAUGUAGUAAAGGGAAAUUGUGAACUUUGUGAAUAGUAAUAUUUUUUGUUUUCAUUGCCACAAGAUCAUAAUGAAUUAGGAUUGAAAGCAGGAACAAGAAUAUGUGUAGAAUGGUAAUUUAGAUUGAACCUAUUAUAGCCCAUAUUUAAAAUUUAAUGAAGCCAACAAUUAUUAUUGCGGAGAUUGUUUAGACAAUAGUCAGAUUUGGUAAGUAUAAUAAAUAUGUAAGGGAUAAAUCUAGACUAUGUACAUAUGAUUACAAGACUAAAUCAACUGGAACAUCUGUGUUUCAUAAAAUAGAAAGACCUGCAAAACAAUUAUUUUAUGUAGUAAAAAGUGGAUUAUAGGAUGUAAAUAAAAUAAGCUAAUUGUUUAGUUUACGACAUAAAGUUGUGAUGGAUGUGAGCAUUUUUGCAAAUCUCAAAAUUCAACUUGUCUUCCAGUUUCAAAAUAAUUUUCUUAUGAUUUGAAUAAUCUGUACAUCAGUUGUACAGAUGGAUAUGAAUAUAGUGAUGUAGUAGGAGGAUGUGAUCCUUGUCCUGAAAAUUGCAAGUCUUGCUAAAUAAAUAAAUAAAUUUCUAUAGAUGAUUCAGGAAAGACAGUAGUAAUAAUAAAGAAGAAUUGUUUGAUUUGUAAUGAAGGAUUUAGUUUACUGACAACACGAACAGAAAUAAAUGAAAUAGAAACAUAUAGUUAAUGUAUAGCAUGUUUUACAGGUUGUGAUGCUUGUCAUUUUGGAAAAGAUGGAAUAAAUCUUAAUGAAAAACCAUGGGAUGAUUAUAAUAAUAAUGCACUUCUUCUUACAAGAAAUUAUGAGGCAAAUGAAAUCUAAUUUUUUGAAGAUUUGUUUAAAGAGUAUCGUAUAGCAUAACGUUGUGAAUAAUGUACUAGUACUACUUAGAGUACAUUUGUUCCAUCUUUGAGUAGAAGAAGUUGUGUAAGAUGUGGUACUAAUUGCAAGAGAUGCGAAUAUAAGUCUGGAUCAUUAUUGUAUAUAAUAUUAUAAAACAUUCAGGCCAACAAGAGAUAAAUAUAAAGUAGUUGAACCUGAGACAUCAGAACCAACAACAGCAGAAAUUGAAGCUGUUGAAUCUCAAUAUGUACUUAGAUGUAGAGAAUGUGAUAAAUUUGCAUAAACAUUCUAUGCUGUAGGAACUGGAUGUACAGAUUGUUCAAUUGCAAAUUGUAAAUUAUGUGCUAAAGUUGGUGAUCCAACUCUAGGUAGCGAUUCUUCUUUUUCAACAAUUGCUUUAGAUUUUCAACCUUUAAAUAAAGAAGGUAUUUAUAAAUAAAUGAAUAAUAGAGUAAUCUUUGGAGAACUGUUUACUUUGUGAAGAUGGAUAUUUCUUAUCUGAUGAUAAAAAAUUAUGUACAAUAUUUGAUACAAUUAAUAAACCUAAAUUAGGUUGUUUAACUUAUUAUAAAUAAACUAUUUUGAUAUAGUAAUGUUUAUAAUGUGAUAUUGGAUAUACUCUUUAUAAGAAUGAUAGUUCAGGUAAUUGGGAAUGUAGAUUGGAUUGUUCAUCAUUAAUGUAAGAUUAUUUAUGUUAAUCAUGUGUAAUAAAUGGAUUAAAAUAACGUUGUUUAAGAUGUUUAGAUGGUUUUUAUGUAGAUAUGUAAACAGGAAAAUGUGCACAAUGUGCAGAAAAUGGACAUUGUAAGAAAUGUUAUACAUUGUCUUUAAUAUCUGUUCAUCAUACAGAAUAUUAUGACUAUAUUUUUGAUGGAGAAGCUAAUACAAUUUCUGAAAAAAAGAUUUUAGGUCCUUAUUGUUAUGAAUGUACUCCAGGAGAUGCAUUCAAAGGACCUAUUUUAAAUGAAGAUCUUAGAUAUUGUGAAAAGGGUGGAGAUAAUUGUGCUUAAUUUUUAGCUAAAGGUACAAAAGGAUAUUGUGAUUAAUGUGAUUCUAGUUUAGUUGGAAUAUCACUUAGUUCAUCUAUUGAUGAUUCUGAUUGUAUUUAAUGUCCAGAAAUCACAAUUGGUUGUAGAGAACGUUCUUCAUAAGAAAUUACAUUAUUUAAUCAAUUUUAUGAUCCUACUGAUGAUAAAUAUAAAAAAUAUGCAAGAUUAUCAUUUAAAUGUGAGGAUGGUGGAAAUAAUUAUUAUGAUAGUAAAAUUGGUAGAUGCAUUUCUAAUACUGAUUGUCCAACACCUUGUGAUCGAUCUGAUGAAAUAACUAUUUUAGCUGAUUGUUAAUAAAAUUAACCAAAUGCUAAUAAUGAAUGGAAAAUGAAUUCAUAAUUUAGUGAUAUUACAUCCAAGAAUACAUUUCUUAUUCUUGAAGAUAAAAUGGCUCCUGCAAUUAAAAAUGCUCUAUUUGAUGAAUGGAAUAAAAAAGCAGUUACUAAAAUCACUAUUAUUUUAGAUUUCUAAUAUUUCUCUGGAGAUAAUUCAAAAUGUUUCUUUCAAAAAGAUACUUAUUUUACAUCAAAUAUUAGAAAGAAUGUCUUCUCUGUUUAAGAAUUAGAACUUAAAAUUAAAACCAAUUCUCCAACUCCUAAUGAAAAAAUCUAAUGGUUCAUUUAAAAGACAAUCUUUUUUGUCUAUUUUACAUCUGUCUCUAUUAAUGGAAUAGAACUAUUUCCAGCAUCUGAUAGAGGUAAUCUAUACACAAACAUACCUAAAUAUGAAACACCAUUUGGAUUGUAAUUUCUUAAUAAUACUGGAUCUAAGCUCUAUUUAGAGAAUGUUAAAAUUGGAAAUAUAAAUGCUGAAGAUCAUUAUAAAGAUAAAUCUUCUUAUACUACACCAUAUAGUUAAAUUGCAGUUACAUUAAAGAAGUAAAAACCAUUCUUUACAAUACUUUUGAAUACUUAUGAAAUCUAUUUAAAAAAUGUUGUUAUUCAUUCUCAAAACUAUUUAAUAAGUUCUGAUAUUACAUUUUAAGCAAAACUAUUUGGUUUAAUAUAUGAUUCUGAUAUUAUAGUGCCUUAUUUAAAUAUUAAAUUAGAAAAUGUUAAAUUUUAUGAUAUUGCUGUUGAAAAGUAAGCACUUUUUGAACUAUAAUCACUAAAUUUUUUAACUCCUCCUGAGUGGAAUAGUAAAGUUUUGAUAAGACAUGUAUAAUUUGAAGAUUGUUAUUUUAUUAAUGAUGGUGGAUUUCUAAGUACAUAGGUUUAAGAUGAACCAAUGGGUAUGGUGAUCAUAAGUUCUUUAUCUAUGAGAAAUGUGGAAUUUAAUAAUUCAAGAGGAAUUGUUGAUUUUACAACAAUGUAAUAGAUAAAAGUAAAUAAUUUGUAAAUUUAUGAUUCUAAAGUAAAUUCUACUGCUUUAUUUUAUGUAACAACAAUUGAAUUAAGUGAUGUCUAUUUAUAGAAUACUAAGUUCACAUUUAAAGGUAGAUUAAUGUAAACUCAAUAUGAACUAAAAACAAUUAGAAUAAAUGACCCUGAAUUUUCAGGAUUAAAAUUAUAAUUUAUUAAUCUAGAAUUUGAUUAAGUAAUUUGUUUAACUCCAGCUUGUUUAAUAUUAAUUACAGAAAUCUAAAAUGAUUAUUAUAUACCAAUAAAUAUUACAAUGAAAGGAUUAGUUAUUAAAUAAAUAAAUACUAUAGGAUUUGAUGAAACUAUUUGGGAAGCAGCAACAAGUGCUUCAAUAAGAAUUGAGAAAAGUAAUAGAUUGUAAGUAUCUGAUUUUGAAAGUAUAGAAAAUGCAGAUUUAGCCAUAUUUUAUGUAGAAUAAGUAUGGAUUACUAAAUUUGUUAAUCUUAAUUGUUAUUAAAAAGAAGGAUUAACAAUUAGGAAUAAUUAUUGUUUAUUUAUUAACAAUCCAUACAAAGGAGUAGAAUUAAUUAAUAUAUAAUUAUUAAAUCUGAUUGGAAGAGAUAAUUCAUUUAUUGGAAUAUCAUCAUGGAGUAAUCUAAUUUAUAAUACUUCAACUUCUGAAUAUUAAGAAACAAUCAUUAUUAAUGGAGUAUAUGUAACUUAAUGUACUAUAGUUACAACUGUAUUGGCAGUUCCUUCAUCUGCUAUAUUGAUAGAUUCUACUUAGACCUAAAUUGUAUAGAUUAAUUAUAUGUAUUACUUCAAAAACACUCAUUUAAUGGAAAUAUAAGGAUCAUUGAGACCAAGUAAUCCAACAUUCUUGAUUAGAAGUGUAGUAGGAACUUUGAUUUUAUAAGAUAGUCUUUGGAUAUCCAAUUCUGUUUCAGGUUAUGGAGCAGUUCUUUAUUUAGAAGUAGGUACUUAGAUUAUAUCAAAUAUCACUAUGAGUAAUAGUAAUUUUGAUCCUGAAACAAAAUCAACAUUUCCUUUAAUAAAUGAAAAGGCAGAAGGUGGACAUCUAUUUCUAUCUGCAUUUAAUCUAGAUAUGAGUAAUUGUAAUUUUUAUAAUUCAACUGCUAAAUUGGGUGGUGCAUUAUUCAUAAAAACUUUGAAAGAAGGAAUAGUUACUUUAAGGAAUAUUGCAGUUAGAUAUGCUUAUACUCCUUUGAAUGGAGCAGUAUCAUCAAGAGGAGGAUGUGUAUAUAUAGAUUCUAUGGCAUCUGAAUUAGACAUGAAUAUAUAGAAUGCUGAUUUUAAAGAUUGUUUUACAAGAGGAGAAGGAGGAGGAAUCUUUUUAAUAAGUUAUGAUAAAUAAUAAUAAUUAACAAUUCAAGAUUCUACAAUUACAAAUUGUUAUGCUUUAAGUGGUCUUGCAAUAAAAACUCUAUUUUAUUCAAGAACUUAAGCAAAAUAGAAGAUGAUGCUUUAAGAUGUGAAAAUAUCAGGAAAUUUAUCAAAUUCUAUGAGUUAUUUAGGAUAAUUAGGUUCUUUGUAAUAGAUAGAAAAGUUUCUAUUUAUUAAGAGAAUUGCUGCUAUUGAAUAAGAUUUUGGUUAGAUUGAGAUAUAGAAUGGUUAUUCAGAAGGUUUAUUUUUUUAUGGGUUUCUUUCUAUAUGGUAAUCAACACUUAUAAAAUUAAAUACUAUAGAAUCUUAACAUAGUAUAUUAUCAUACAGACCAUAUAUAGAAAUAUAAGAACCAUUAGAAAAUCCAUUAUAAAUUGAUUUAAUUUAAUUUAGAAAUAUUUCAUCAAUUUCAAUAGCAAAUUUAAAUUGUACUAUUAUUAGUAAUAAUGCAUUAUGUAGAUUACUAGAGAUUAGAUUAGAAUUUCCAGAAUAUUAAAUAAAUCCAGCAUUAAUGUUAUUUGAUUUUAUUUAGGAGAAAACACCUUUAACAUUAAAGAAUAUUGCAAUUAAUAGAGUAAUUUGUAAAGAAUGUCAUGGUGGUUUAGUUUAAAUAAUGAGAGUAUCAAAUUCAAGAUUGAUUCCUUUGGUUUAAAUGAGUUCAUGUAGAUGUUCUAAUUCAGAAUCAUCUUAUUAUGGAUGUUUUGUUGUUUCGAGUGAUUAGUACAUAAGAGAGUAGAUUGAUAUGGAUAAAAUACUUGGUACUACUUUGAAUUCUAAUUUAACAUUAGAAAAAAUAAUGAAAUAGACAAAUAUGAGUGAUACUUCAAGAAGAAUUUUAAUUAGUAAUACAUAGAAUUAGAGUUAAUAUAAUUUUAGUUAUGCAAUUCCUAAUCCAUCAUAUUUAUCACAUAUAAUAGUAGAAUCAUUAAAUAUAAAUGAUGUUAAGGCUGUUCAUGGUGGAGGUAUAUCAUUUUAUGGAUUAACUGCAAAUGUAACAUCAAGUUAUUGUUCAUUAGCAGUUGUUAGUGGAAGAGGAGGAUGUAUAUAUUUUGAAUCAUUUCCUAAAGAUGGAGGUAGUAUUUAACAUAGAUUAAAUAUUGCAGAUAGUGCAUUUUAUAGAAAUAAUGCUAGUAUAGGAGGUGCUAUUGCUGUUGUAGAAAGUGGAAUCAAUAAUUUUGCACUUACUAGUAUUACAUUAAUUCAAAAUUAUGCUUUGAAAUAUGGAGAUGAUGUUGCUCAAUAUCCUACUUCAUUAGGUAUAAGAGUAAAGAAUAUUUUACAAAAAUAAGGUUAUUUAAAUUCUCAUACUGGAUGGUUACAUUAUCCUAUUGUUAUUAAAAGUGGUUAAGAAAUGAAUAAAUUUGAAAAUUAAACUGUUGUUGUUGUAUUUCUUGAUAAGAAUAAUAAUGUUAUGGGAUAUUAACAUAAUGCAGAAUGUAGUUUAUCUAGUAAUGUUACUAAAACAAAAGACAAUUAAACAUCUACUUUACCAGGUGAAACAAAUAGAAAGUUUGAUAUUAAUAAUGUUUAAGGAUUUGAUUAUUCCAAUUAAAUUAUUAACUUUGAUCCAUAUAAUUAAAUUACUUUAGAUGCAAUAUUUAAUAGUAGUCAUGUUAAUAUACCUAUAUAUCAUGAUUAAUAUCCUUAUUAAUGUAUGGGUUUUGAUACUGGAUAUACUUUAUAAGUAAGAAUCAGAUCAGUUGAAUGUGAAUUAGGAGAAUAAUUUAAUGAAUAAAAAGAAACUUGUACUCCAUGUUCAUUUGGUACAUUUGCCUUGGAGUAUAAAGUGGAUACUUGUAGAAAAAUAGAUGAAACUAAAAUGAAUUACACUUAUAUGAAUAAAAUUAGUAUUAAAAGUAGUUAUUGGAGACCACAUUAUUAAAGUGGAGAAGUUGAAGAAUGCAAAAAUAAAGAUUAUAAUUGUAAAGGAGGAUUUGAUGUUGGAAAUGAUUUAUGUUAAGAAGGAUUGAUAGGAGCAUUAUGUGAAGAAUGUGAUAUAUAUGGUAGUUAUUGGGGAGAAUCUUAUUCUAAUUCUGCUAAAUAUGAAUGUGGAUUAUGUUAAGAGAAAACUAGAAAUUAAUUAAUGAUUGCAUUUAUAACUAUCUUUACUAUUUAUAGUACUUUAUAAUCAGUAAAAGGUCAUGAAGAUAGAAUGGAAAAGGUUGUUACAAUGAAGAUAUUAAGAUAACUUAAACUUUUAUCUUCCAAAGCUUCUUUAGAUUAAGCAGCUAUUUUAAUGAAAAUAUUCAACAAUUUUGUUUAAUUGCUUUCUAUUCUUGAAGGUUUUAAAAUUGCUAUACCUCAAGGUACUGUAGAUACAAUUAAUACUGUAAGUAUGCCUGCUAAAUCUAUGGGAAAUGCUUUAGAUUGUUUUUUAGUUGAUGGAGCAGGUGAUAUAGAUAUGAUAUAUUUGAGAUUAAUUUGGUCUUUGGCUAUUUAAUUACUUUAUAUAAUUGCUAUGACUUUAAUAAUUCUUGUAUUGAUUUUUAAGAAUCGUUUUAAAUGGAAGAGUUUAUAAACUAUGGCUAUUUAUAUGUUUAUCUUUUUAUAACCUACAUUUUUGAUUGAAUUUGCAAACCUUAUAGCUUAUAGAGAUAUAUCAGGAGAUUCAUAUAUUUAAGCUAAUGUAUCUUAUAAAUAUGAUACAUCUACACAUGAUGUAUGGUUAUCAUGGUUUGCUUAUCCUGGAUUUUUUAUAUUUUUAUUUGUGAUACCUUUUAUCUUCUUUUAUUAAUUGAUAAUUGGUAAAUGGUAUGAGAGAUUUGAUUAAAUAACAUUUAUGUAAUCAUGGGGAUAUUUCUAUCAUGAAUAUUCAAAUGAUAAGGAUAGAAUUAUUUAUUAUUGGGAAUUUGUUAGAAUUUAUAUUAGAGCUUUUAUUAGUAUUUUAAUAUGUCUUUAAGCUCAAAAUGUCAUCAUUAUGGUAUAAUAUUAAUUAUUUAUAAUUUAUAGGGUUCUUUAUCUUCAAUUUUGACUUUUAUAUAUCUAUUAUUGAGUAUUUAUGUCCAACCUUAUAGUAAUAAAAAACUAAAUAAAAUUGAUCAAAUUUCUAAUGUUAUUCUUACACUCACUUUUAGUAUUGCAACCAUCAUUUAUUCUACUAUUUAAAAUGAUAAUGUCUAAAUAACACUUGCAGGAUAUAUAAUAUUAGGUUUUUUGAACAUUCCAUUUUUAAUAUAUAUAAUAUUUGAAAUUGUUGGAGAAAACUUUGAAAGUAAAGCUAAUUUAAUUGAUAAAUUGAGAGAUAAAAUUAAUAAGAAAUAUCCAUCUCUUAUUAAAUCAAGAAAUUGUUUGACUUGUUGGAAUUGUUGUGAUUCAUUUAAUAUUCCCAAAUUCGUAUUACAAAAUCGCACAACCGCUAGAAAAAGAGCUAAAGAACUUUGGAGAGAUCUUAUGGCAACUGUCAAUGAAAGUUUAGAUGAAUGGAAAUUCGAUAGAACUCGCCCAUUCAAAGUUUAAAAAUGGUUUAAUGCACCUCUUGUUUUGUAAGAUGAAGGAAUGGAUGAGUAUCAGAUAUAUUGA